AGCACCGUUCAGUUCUGGCUUAUGGUGGUGCAGUGGACUGAAUUUAGGAGUUUGGAACCUCAGCGAUAUGUCUAUUGUACAGUAUCAGCAAUCUUCAUCCCUUCGUCCUUCAAGGAAACUGACAUGUCUGGUAAAAAAUUCUCUUGCUAUUCACCAAAACUCCUUGGUGGGAGACAGCAUGUCCAAUUUUGCCUUGAAAAAACCACCUCCCACAGGACAUGAUAUGAAGAACACCACUCAGGGGACCACACUGAAGCUACAGGGUUUUCAUGAAUUGAAUAAAAGAAGAGCUUUCUUACAGGACAACAGCUGGAUAAAGAAGCGUCCUGAACAGGAAAGAGAUGAAAAUUAUGGAAGGGUGGUUCUCAACCGACAUAACUCCCAUGAUGCCUUGGACAGGAAAGUAAAUGAGAGUGAUGAACCAAAAGCCAGAAUAAGUCGACAUAGGUCCGAUGACACUUUGGACAGGAUCUCAGACAAAAACGAUGCUGUCAAAACAUUUAAGGCCAAUACCUUGGAUAACCAACUAACUAAUAGAAGCUUGUCCACGUUUAGACCAUCAGAAGCAACAAAGAUGAAACCUGGAAGUUUGUUCAGUUCAAACACCACCAACACACCAACUUCUACCUCUGCUACAACUCCUGUAAAGAAAAAGAGGCAGUCCUGGUUUCCACCACCCCCUCCAGGUUAUAAUGAGAUCUCAAGCCCAGGAUCAAACAAAAGGGAAUCAACUGUUUAUCCUCCAAUACCUCCAAAGCCCAGUUCUCCUGUUUCAUCUCCUAACCUACCGAGAAGGGAUAAUAGGCAGAUAUGUCCACCUAAACCAGGCAUCUAUACAGGAACAAACAAACCUGCUGAAAGAACCAUAAGGAGUCAGGAUCUUGAGAAUAUUGUCAAAGUGGCCACUUCACUUCAGAAAACUGAUAAAGGUGAAGAACUGGAUAAUCGCAUCAAGAUGAACAAAAGUUUGAGCAGAAAUCAAGGUCUUGAUGGUCUCUUCAGAGCAAGUCAUAAGGCAGAGAAAACUGAGAAAAGGGCGAAAAGUCUUGAAAAUCUUGUCUUUAUAAAUUCCCAGUUGGAAAAAAAUGGCAAAGGAAACCAAACUCGCAGCAGCUUCAUUAAAGAAAAUCCCAGGACAACCAAGAAUGACAAAGGAAAGCAAGACUUCAGUGGGUAUAUUAAUGCGGAUCCCGAGACAAAUAAAAAUAUCAAAAGGGGCCAAAGUCUUGAAAAUCUCAUCAAUGUGACCCCUGUGGUAAACAGAAGGAACCCAGGCUCCAAAGACCUUGAUAGUCUCAUCAAAGUGAAUUCAAUAAUAGGAAAACAUUUGCAAGGGGAUCAAAAUCUUGACAGUCUCAUCAAAGUGACUCCUGAAACCAACAUAACUAACCAAGGGAACCAAGGACUGGAAAAUUUAAUCAAAGUGGUCCCCUCGGUAAAUAAAAGCUGUGACCAAGGUCUUGAUGAACUUAUUAAUGUAAGCCCCAAAGCUGUCAAAACCGUGGCUGGAAAUCAAGAUCUUGACAAGCUCAUCAAAGUGAAACCUGCAGUGCUCACCAACAACCAAAGAAACCAGGAUCUUGAUAAAUACAUUAAGGUGAAUCCUGCAGUAAUCAGAAACAAUCAAAGCAGCCAAGACUUGGACAAUUAUACUAAAGUCAAACCUUCAGCUCUCAGAAACAUUAAACAAGACCAAGACUUGGAGAAUGUAACUGAAGUAAAUGCUAAUGUGUCCAACAAUAACAAUGGAGGCUCCAAUGUUGAAACCAGACAUUCAGGACCAAAAAAUACUGUUGUGUACACAAGGACAUAUGUGGAGAAUAGUAAAUCACUGAACACUGGAUAUCAGGAAAAUAUCUCUGGAAAAUACAUACAAACUGUUUAUUCUACUUCUGAUAGGUCUGUCAUUGAAAGAGAUAUGUGCACCUACUGCCGAAAACCCUUGGGCACAGAAACCAAAAUGAUUUUAGAUGAAUUACAAAUUUGCUGCCAUUCCACUUGCUUCAAGUGUGAAAUAUGCAAACAGUCUUUGGAAAACCUACAAGCAGGUGAUAGUAUUUGGAUUUACAGACAGACAAUCCACUGUGAGCCUUGCUACUCUAAAGUAGUAGCAACAUGGAUUCAGUAAUUCUGGCACACAGCAAUGAAGAUGAAAGUAUUCACAAAGGAGUUAAGAUUUUUCCAUUUUCAGAGUGUGUAAUGUAGAAAAAAAAACUUACACUGAAAGUUGAUCAUGCAAAUAAUAAUUCUGCCAAUGCAUAAAUAACCUAAUUGCCCUCAAUAAGAUCAUAUACAUAAUGAGAUCCAUCAGGUAACUGCCUAUGUUUAAAUGAUCGAAAGUCCAAGUAGCAUUAUCAGAAUAGUCUGAUAGCAUGAACAUGGGCAGCUUUACCCAGAUUCAUCACUUCUCCAGAUUUAGGCUUCGUAUGAUGGUUUCCGUCAUAGACAAGUUUCUCAUUUUUCUCACCUUUAUUUUUUAAAGAUUUACAGAUAUUGUUGAAAUCCCGAUAAACUGUCAAAGAAGCAACAUUUAUUUUCUUUAUGCACUAAAGGAACAUUGACAGAUACUUUAUGAAAUCUGAAAGAAGGAUGUUGACACAAAAUUGUGUGGACCUCAGAGAGACAUUUAAACUUUCUAACUCUCUGUAUCAUUAUCAGUAACAUUAGGGGCAUUGGACAAAAUAAUUUCUGAAUUGCUUUCGGGUUAUCACAUUCCCUGAUUCUAAAACAAAUUUGCCUUUUUCUCUAAAAUCAUAUCUGAAUACAUAUUUGUUGAGUAUGUUGAACCUGGUAGGAUAUUUAAACAGCUUAACUUUGAUAAUACUCUUCAGUUAACCAGACAUAGUUUUUAUAGAAUUCGUACUAUAGACAAAAAGACAUUGAUUUCUGGGUGAUGGUUAAAGUCACAUGACAUGUAUAACAUACAUAUACAUGUAAAAUUUUCUUUUCAUAUAUUUCAAACUCUGGGCAUAAAAACAAUCUAUGAAAUAUAAUGGUUAUGGACUAUAAAGACAUGUUCUUUAGCAUGUUCCACCUAUUGAUAAUAUAUAGCACUUUACAUUUAGAAGCAGCUGAUAAAAAUAAAAUGAAAAAUUAUAUGAAAAUGAAAAAUGAAAAAUUAUAGUAAAUAAAAUUAAUAUAAUAAUAUAAUAAAUAAAAUGAAAAAUUAUAUGAAA